GGAGAAGGAGGAGGUUUGAAUUAAUUUGGCACGCGAGUAGUAAUUCAAAACAGCAUCACCGUGGCGCUACACUCAACGGAAGCCUUAAUGGCGGCGGGCUUUCUCAAAUCGGGAGAUUUGGGCCCACACCCUCACAGCUAUGGAGGUCCACAUCCGCACCAUUCGGUGCCGCAUGGACCGCUGCCGCCGGGUAUGCCGAUGCCAUCAUUGGGUCCCUUCGGUCUGCCACAUGGUCUGGAGGCUGUUGGGUUCUCCCAAGGUAUGUGGGGUAAAUAUCCAGGCGUCAAUACGAGAAAGCAGAGACGGGAGCGAACCACAUUCACCCGUGCCCAGCUGGACGUUCUGGAGGCCCUGUUUGGCAAGACACGCUACCCGGACAUUUUUAUGCGCGAGGAGGUCGCCUUAAAGAUCAAUCUGCCGGAAUCGAGAGUUCAGGUCUGGUUUAAAAAUCGUCGCGCCAAAUGCCGCCAACAAUUGCAACAACAACAACAAUCGAACAGCUUGAGCAACUCAAAGAAUUCAAAUUCCGGCUCCAAUUCCUGUGCCGGCUCAUCGGGCAGCUCGUCGCGCAACAACAACAGCAGCUCAUCGAACAACAAUAACAACAACAACAGUCAAAACAAUGGCAACGGCUCUAGCUCGAAGUCGGCGCAAAGCAAUAAGCAGGGCAACAACAACAACAACAGCUCGAACAGCUCCAGCAACAACAACAACAAUAAUAACAACAACAAUGGCGGCAGUGGUGCAGGCAGCUCGGCGGCUGCAGCAGCCACCGCAGCGGCGGUCGCUGCGGCGCAAUCAAUAAAAUCACAUCACAGUUCCUUCCUCAAUGCCAGCGCCGGAGCCUCGACGCCCACCAGCAACGGUGGCAGCGUGGUUGUGGGCGGCGGUGGCCACGGUGGCUCACACAUGUCAGCGGGGAGUGCAGCAGUGGCUGCGGCCGCCAUUGGUUCCCUGAAUGUGACCGCCGCGCAUCAGAAUUCCUCGCCCUUGUUGCCGACGCCGGCGACCUCCGUCAGUCCGGUUAGCAUUGUGUGCAAGAAGGAGCACAUUUCGAGCGGCUAUGGUGGUGCUGGCGCCGGUGGCGGAGGCGUCGGUGGUGGUGGCGGCAGCGGUGUAGGCGGCCUAGCCGGUGACGCUCUUCGCUCACCCUACGACACCCUCAAGGAUGCGGGCGGUGAUAUUGGAUCGAGUGCGCAUCACCACAGCAUCUAUGGGACGGCGGCCGCGUCCAAUCCACGGCUGGUCCAGCCUGGCGGCAAUAUAACGCCCAUGGAUUCAAGCUCCAGCAUUACCACACCCUCUCCGCCCAUUACGCCCAUGUCGCCGCAGUCGGCAGCAGCAGCGGCGCAUGCCGCACAAUCGGCACAGUCGGCCCACCAUUCCGCCCACUCGGCCUACAUGUCCAACCAUGAUUCGUACAACUUCUGGCACAAUCAGUACCAACAGUAUCCAAACAAUUAUCAGACGCCCAGCUAUUAUUCGCAAAUGGAGUACUUCAGCAAUCAGAAUCAGGUCAACUAUAAUAUGGGACAUUCGGGGUAUACGGCCAGCAAUUUCGGUUUGUCGCCGUCGCCGUCUUUCACCGGCACCGUGUCGGCGCAGGCCUUCUCACAGAACAGCCUCGAUUACAUGUCGCCCCAGGAUAAGUACGUGAAUAUGGUGUAG